AUGUCGUCCCCUCCCGGCCCUCCCCCUCCUGCUGGCGGGUCUCCACCGUCUGACGCAUCUGGCGCAGUCCCAGAAGCGCGGAUCGAGAUGAGCUUCUUCGUGCCGUUCCCAGGCGGUAGCCCCGGCGACGGGGAGGCUCCACCAUCAGCUGAAGGAGGAUCGGGCGGCGGAGAGGCGGGCCCAGGUCCAGCGCAUCAACCGGGAGGCAUGGUCUGGACCUUCCACCUGCAGCCAGAACGAGCAGCAUCGCCUCCGGUCGCUGGACCUUCCGCUGGCGGAUCAUCCCACCCACCUGCCGCAUCCUCAUCAGCAUCACCUCAGCCGUCAAGUUCGGCACGCCCUACCCCGCCAUCUGGUCAAAGGCUAUCCGGAGGCCUUCCUUUCAGCGGACCUCUCAAUCCACCGACACACCCUCUAUCCUUCUCUUCCCUUCCACCGCCACUGCCACUAUCACCACACCUCGCAGCCCUCUUCCCGCGCGCUUCGGGCCAGGCGGGAUCAUCAGCAGGACCACCGGGUCCGAGCGGCGGUGCGGCAGCUCCCGGAGGUGCGGGGAAUCCUGGCCCAUUCGCUUCUUCCAUGGUAUUCAUGGUUCGCCCAGACGGCUCGGUCGGUCACAUGCCACCUCAUGGCGCUCCUGCACCUGGACACCCCGGCACAGGUCCAGCUGGACCCGCUGGGGCUAUAUUCGCGAUGCCCCCGCAGGGCUUCAUGUUCCCCUUCCAUCUCGCUGGAGCCUUCGGCGGCGGUGCUCCUGCGCCCGAUCCAGAGAAGGCCAAGGAGCUGCUCACGUCGCUCCCAGAGGUGGAAAAGGGGUUGAUGAAGCGGGUAGACCGGAUCUAUGCGGCGGAGAAUGUCGAGGAGGGCGCGUGGAAGUGCGGUGUCUGCCUCGAGGGGUGGGAAUCAAGCUCAGAAGAUGGCGACGUUAGCGCGGGGAAAAAGGAUGCGGAGGCGGAUGAGGGAACGGGCGUGAAGCGGCUGCCAUGCAACCACCUCUUCCACGGGGAAUGCCUGCAGCCUUGGUUUGAGACGAAGCAUACUUGUCCUUCAUGUCGACUAGACCUCGAUCCCGGGCGGACUUUACGACCCUCAACCGGCGGCUCCUCUCUCCGAGCUCGUACUUUCGCACUCGGCGGACGGGAAGCGAGACAAAACCAGCAACAUCCUUAUCGACCUCCUACUGGUGCAGCUGCCGCAUCUGGCUCAGCUGCGGCAGAGUCAGCACCCGAUGAGCCCCCGGCUCAGAGAGCCAGCGGUAUGUCCGCCGAGGAGGAGAACCACUGGACGACGACCGUCAAUAUGUUUGUUGACAUGGCGGCCGAUGCGGCGCAUGGCGCACUGGGCGAUGCUCUGGCAGCCGGCGGACUACAGCCUAUACUAGGGGAUGAGCAUCUGACUGGCGAGCCUUCCCCAUUCCCCUCCGCCGAGGCGUCUCCUGUUCCUCGCUUCGCGUCUUUCGGGCGUCGGACCGGCAUCAUGCCCCGCAUACAGUCGCCCGCCGGCGGAUCGUCCGCUUCUAGCGCGCCUACACCAGCUAGUGACCCACACCAUCAUCAUCACCAUCACCACGUCCACCAUCAUCAUCUACCCCAGCAUGUCCCCCCUCCUCACUUCCACGUCCACCGACACGGCCCGAUACCCGCUGGACCCAGCGCCGCCGCCCCAGCAGCUUCGUCAACCGAUUCAGCACAGCGGACACACCACACGGACAGCGCCUUCAUCCCCACCAGCUUCCCCGUUCCCACUCCCGACCGCCAAAACCCUCCCGCUGCCGGUCCCGACGCCUCGGCUAUCCUUGAGGGCUUCACUCAAACCUUCAACGAGAACCCCUUCACCUUCCUCUUCCCCGUCGGUGGAGGCGGACCUGCUGCGCCCCCCAGUCGGACAGCCCCAUCCACUGCCGCUCCACCGGUCAAGCAGAUCCCGCUGGAGAAGUGGGUGCAGAAUCACGAGCGCGCUCUGGGAUGGUGCUGCGACUCGGCCGCCUGCGGGAUCGCACCGACCAACGAGGAAGGGGAUGCCUUUGCCCAGAUGGCGGUGAAGGAUAGACCGAGGGUGCGGGAUCUGAUCGGUGUGAGGGGGUGCAAGCAUGCGUAUCAUGCGCCUUGUAUCCCCGGUGCGGUCAGCGUUGUGCCCGAGGAGGACGGAGGCGAGGUGGCGGAGGAUGAGGUGAGGGUCAGGUGUGGGGAGUGCGCCACUGGAUACACACGAUUAUGGACUUCUUCAAGAACAACGAAUUCCAGCAUCCUUUGGCUGCGUCAGCGGACAGAGGGGUCGCCGGGUGUGAGGCAGAGAAGCAGCGAAGAGAAGCUGACCCGCAUUGGCUGGACCGCCCUUUGGCCCCUCAGCAAACGACAACAAGCUCACAAACCAGGAGUUCGCUAUGCCUCAACAGUACCCCCAGAAGAUAGAUAUUCUGGAGUAUCUCAACAACAUCACGCCCAGCAAUGUCACCGUCAGCACCAAUGCGGCAGAUUGGGAGCACUGGCACGGAACCACUCCCAGUGGCAUGUCCAACUGCCUAUACUCCAUCGAGUCCAUGAUUGA